UUCACCUUCUGGAAUUUUCCUCUGUGUUUUUUUUGGUGGGGUGAAGCGGUUUCCUCAGCCGUUCCAACCCCGUUUUGUGUUUGAUUUCGGUUUGUGUCUCCGCCUUUCUCCGGCGCUUCUCUACUUCCCUCCACACCCACCCACCCUCCCUUUUCUUGUCUCCCUUGGGAAGAGCCCCUCACAAUGCGCGCCACGGGGACCGGGACGGCUGGCACGGCCACCGCCAGCUCGGGGAAAGCGCCGCCGACCACGCCGGCUGACGGGGACGGGCGCUUCAGCGUCCUCAGCUGGGAGCAGGUGCAGCGGCUGGACCACAUCCUGGAAGAAGCCGUCCCCAUCCAUGGCCGCGGCAACUUCCCCACCUUGUCGGUGCGGCCCCGCAGAAUCGUGCAGGUGGUCCGUAGUCGUCUAGAAAAGCAGGGCAUCACUGUCCACAAUGUGAGGUUGAAUGGCUCAGCAGCUAGCCACGUGUUGCACCAGGACAGCGGUCUGGGGUAUAAAGAUCUGGAUCUCAUUUUUGGUGUUGAUCUGAAAAGCGAGGAUAUUUUCCAGCUGGUAAAAGAUGUAGUGAUGGAUUGUCUCCUGGAUUUCCUCCCAGAAGGGGUAAACAAAGAUAAGAUCACUCCCAUGACUCUGAAAGAGGCCUAUGUGCAGAAGUUGGUGAAAGUGUGCAAUGAAACUGACCGCUGGAGCCUUAUAUCACUGUCAAACAACAGUGGGAAGAAUGUGGAACUCAAAUUUGUAGACUCUCUCCGGCGGCAGUUCGAAUUCAGCGUUGAUUCUUUCCAGAUCAUAUUAGACUCACUAUUGCUCUUUGGAGAGUGCUCAGAGAAUCCAAUGUCUGCAAAUUUCCACCCUACUGUCACUGGGGAGAGUAUGUAUGGGGACUUUGAGGAGGCGAUUGAUCACCUGAGGAACCGAAUUAUAGCUACUAGGAAUCCAGAGGAAAUCAGAGGAGGUGGGCUUCUGAAGUACUGCAACCUCCUGGUGAGGGGAUUUCAAGCCAAAUCAGAAGUUGACAUGAAAGCCUUGCAGAGGUACAUGUGUUCAAGGUUUUUUAUAGACUUUCCUGACAUCGGGGAACAGCAACGAAAGCUGGAGUCUUACCUCCAAAGCCACUUUGUAGGAAUGGAAAGCAAAAGGUACGAUUGCCUGAUGACCUUACACAGAGUGGUAAAUGAGAGUACGGUGUGCCUGAUGGGACAUGAAAGACGACAGACGCUGAACCUCAUUGCCAUGUUGGCCCUCCGGGUCCUGGCUGAGCGGAACAUAAUUCCAACUGUCACAAAUGUGACUUGUUAUUAUCAGCCAGCACCAUACAUGGGGGAAAUAAACGUCAACUAUUACGUAACCCACAUGCAACCUCUUCUGCCUUGCAGUCACUCCUACCCAACGUGGCUCCCUUGCAGCUGAAUGCUGAAAAAAGCUCCAGUCUUUGUCUUCGCAAGGAGCAGAGGCUGUGUGUUCAGAAGAAAAGAAAAGAAAAAAUAGGUCUCUUGCGCUGAGUAUCUUGCUCUUACAUUGGAACUAUAAGUCUACUUAAUUGUGGGAAAUUGUGCAGUGAUAUGUCUAAUUACCAGAAAUGUUUACAGGAAGAAAAUGCUUGAGUUAAUGUAUAAGGUGGGUGGAAAGGAUUAGGUUAAAAGUAGAGCUGCACUACCUUAAAUGCAAGCUGAUUUUUUUCUUUCUUUCUUAGUGCAAGAAGCAUUAUGGGCUGUGCAGACUCUAUUUUUUUCUGAACAUAUUUCAAAGUGUUAAUUCCUUUUAAGGGACCAAAGAAAUCUUAUACAAGUGCCUGCAACCAAAAAAAAAAAAAAAGAAACACUAAUUUUUUUUGUAGUGGCAGAAAUCUAUAUUGACAGCUUAGUUAUGGAUGUUUGCGAGGAAUUUUUGGUUUUAGGAUCACACAUUAAUUUAUGUCAAGGGAACUGAGGUAGGCAGAGGCUUUCCACAGCAGCCACUGUAACAUGGCUUGCUGUUUGAUGGACCAGCAGCACUGAUUAACAGUUGGAGCAGAGCUGGGAUGGGGAACUAAAUGGGGGUUCAAUUUAUAAUGAUAGAGAAUUUUUAAUGUGAUGGAUUAUGUGCCCUCAUUGCCAAGGCUACCAGAGGAAAUGGGAACUACCCUAAAUUAUUAUUCAAUUUAAUGUGCAGUGCCAAAACCCUAAUAUUUUAAUUCCUCUUAAAGGAAAGCCUGUAGAUCAGUAUUUUGCUGUGUGGAUCAAUAUAUCUUUUUCAUGCAAGGAGCAGUUAUUUCCAGGCUUUUAUAGCCUCUAGGACUGUCAAUGGUAUUAGAGUAAAAAUGAGCUGGACCAAAAACAUAAAAAGGUACAUGCAUAGCCUUUGUCCUGGUUAACAAAAAGAACCAAUUAGACCUUGGCCCAGAAGCCCUCAGCUUUGUGUCUGAUAGCCCACUACAGUAUCUUGAGAAUUGUGCUUCUCUUCCUGUUGGGUGUCUGUGACUAUCUACUUGAUUCCAUGUUAGACUAAGGAAACAUUUUAACACUGCUUGUUAUGGCUGUGCAAAACUUUAUAGUCUUAAUUUGACAAGGUAUCAGUGAUUUAUUGAAUCAAGUCAUCAAAUUGAAGACUAGGCUUGAUGCGUUGAAUCAGAUGAAGUGAUGCAAUUUAGAUGACUUUUGUUUGAAUUGAACUUACAAAUUGGAUUAACACAAUUCACAUGUUUGAACUGAAAAUUCAAAUCUGAUUUAGAAAAAAAAUACAUUUGGAUCGGAUCUGAUUUGCACAGGUCCAUUGCCUUGUUUUUGCUUAUAAAAUUUUGAUGUAGAGAAAAUUCCUCAUGUCUUGCGCUUGCUACAGUAGAAUAAGUAACGAGACGAGAGAGCUGUAGACAACUGUACACAGGAAAUUGUUGAUGUCUUGUCAAAUUAGGCUUUGAAAUAAUUAUUUAUCCAGCACAAUAAUUCUUCCUGUAUAUUUUUUUGGAUUGCAUAGAAAUUUUACAACCUAUCAGUUCAGAUUAGUUUAUACCUUUUAGGAAACUGAGGCAGCAGAUACUUUGGCUGUUGGACAUACGUGCUCUGUAAGGGAUACACAAAAUGCUCCAUGGUGUAUCUUUGAAGGUUGACUUAUUUGCUAAUCUGUUUUAUUUGCAAUCAAAACUGUACCUUGUUGGAGCAGACUAA